ACAUCAAAAACCAGACUUUGUUUUUCUUUUCUCUCUCUAUGCAAAAAUCGAAUCGAGCUCGAAAGAGAGCAAUCGAGACGAUCUAUAUUCUCAAAAUUUUAAAUUAAGGUUUUGAUUAAUUGAUUGUGGGGUUUGUUUAGAUUUUGCUUAGAGAGAGGGAGAAGUUCUGAUUUUUUUUUUAUUUUUUUUUUUAUUUUUUUGAUUUUGGGGUGAGGGUUUGGUGAAAAGUUUGAGAUUGAAUCCGAUCAUGAUAGUCGUUAAUAAAUUUUAUUAGUGAUUAUAUACGGGUUUUUGAUUUAAUCAAGUGGGGUAUUUGGAAUUUUGAUUAAUCGAUGUUGGAUUAUAGAGAAGUUUUGAUUGGGGAGAAAUCAAGGGUUAAUUAUUGAUGAUUUCAGUUGGGAGAAGAGGGGAUGAUAGGGAGGUAUUAGGGUUAGGGUUUGGUGGUGGUAGUAGAAACGAAAUGAUGGAAGAGGAGAAUGAACUUGAAGAAGGUGAAGCUUGUUUUUAUCACCAGGAAGAUGGUGGUAAUGAUAAUGGUGAUAAUUUUGACCCAGAUGUUGCUCUUUCAUACCUAGAUGACAAAGUUCGAGAUGUCUUGGGGCAUUUUCAAAAGGAUUUUGAAGGUGGGGUUUCUGCGGAGAAUUUGGGUGCAAAAUUUGGUGGUUAUGGUUCAUUUUUGCCCACUCAUCAGCGCUCUCCUUCCAUCUGGACUCAUCCAACUCCACAGAAAGUUCAGAACAAUGGCACACCACCAUCUCCAAACAAUUUGCCCUUGGAGGGUACUCGUCAGAAAUCCACAGUCCCAUCAAGUGCGACUCUACCUGAGAAGCUAGGACAAGCCUCUACAAAUGUUCUACCACCACUUAUCUCAAGAGCCCCAUCUGGCGAAAACUCAUCCAAGAGAGAUGCUCGCAUAUGUUCCAUGGGCUCUGGGGAAUUCACUUCCAAACAAGAAGCUGUCAACAGACUGAGCAAUCCAACAGAUCAGAAAACACUGAAAGUUCGGCUUAAAGUGGGUCCUCGCGAUAGUAUGACACAAACAAUUUACAGUGACUUCGGCCUUGACAUCUCUCCAUCCUCUUCGCUCGAGGACAGUCCGGUUGAAAGUGGAGGGUUUUCUCCUGAAUCUCAAAGCACACCUGAGAAAUCACCCACAAGUAUACUUCAGCUGAUGACGUCUUUCCCAGUUGCGGGUGGCUCUUUAUUGUCUCCACUUUCUGAUAGUCUUGUGAACUUGAUGGAAAGGGAUAAUCUUCGGAAAUACAGUAGGCCUGGCAUUGCAUGGAAAAUUAAAGAAGAGGGAUCUAGCUUGCUUGAAGAUGAGCCUCAUUUUACGAGAGGGGAGGAGAAAGUUUCCGGAGAAAAGAAAAUGAAAUCGCUUGAGAAAAGUGGUAGGCUCAUGGGACUGAAGAACGGGCAUAGUAAGGAUGCAGGAAAUGAUAUUAGUGCACUUUUAAAAAAAGAAAUAGACAUGGAGACCCCAGCAGGCAAGGAACUUGUGUCUAACCCAUUGAAGCUUCCCAUUCUUUCCAGUUCACAAUCUGCUACUGACUCAGGAAACGGCACUUCUAGGACAUAUGAUAUGGCAAGGGAGGUCCAUAAGUAUACUUUGAAGGAAAAACCUUUUUCCUCUGAUCAUCCAAAGGAUGAAGUGCGAGAUUCAUUGGGAAGGCAGGAUGUGAACCGGGUUGGAAAGCGUAAUGCAAAUAGCUUGUUUGACGAAGUUUCCGAAGAUAAAAACUUAAGAUCUAGUAAUGAUGUCCCGGAUCUCUUAAGGAAAGAUCAUAAGAAGAAAUCCGACAAAAGUGAUAACUCUGUGCCAUGUGAUGGUGUAAAGGGAAGGAAGGAUGUUAGUGGUGAACCCACCGAUCGAGCAAAGGAGAAGGUUAGCAGGAAAGCUACAUCAUUGGAUCGUAAUGGGACUAAAAUGGCUCAUGGGAAGGACCAGUUGUCAUCUAAGGGAAGAAAGAAAUCCAAGGGAAGUGAAAAGAACGGAAACCUGUCUAGGGACUUCCAUAAAGAAUGUUUAAAGGUUGGUUCUUCGGCUACAUUAAAAGAUAAUCAGAAGAUUGAUGGUGAUAUUCAAACUGAAGCUAAGCUAGAGGGUAAUACAGCACACAAGGAUUUAGGUCAGAGCAGAGAAAGCCAUAGAGAUUACGCUGCGGAUGUUAAAAAGGAACCUGCAGAGGGUUUGCUGGAAACACCUUUUAGAGAUAGACCUAACGAAAUUAAGUCCGAGGUCGGUGAGAAAGAAACCCACUCAUAUGCUGGAAAAUCAAAAGAGAGACCAAGUGGUAAGAAGGUUGAUGUCUUGGAGGCCAGUCCUAAGGGGGCUCCAUCCGUUGCUUACCGUUCAACACUAAACGUUCCUGGUAGUGAUCCAGUUCCUCCUGUGGUGCCUCCGCUAGUUAUAGAAGAAUGGGUUUGCUGUGACAAGUGUGAGAAGUGGCGUCUACUACCAUUUGGUAUGAACCCGAGCCAGCUACCCAAAAAGUGGUUGUGUACUAUGCUCACGUGGCUGCCUGGAAUGAACAAAUGUACUUUCACUGAAGACGAAACAACCAGUGCACUGUAUGCCACUGUACUUAAUUCUCAGAAUAAUCCUCUCACUCGGCCGUCUAUAGUUGCUUCAGGAGUGGCAUUGUCUGAAGCGCAGAAUCCUGACCUUAUCCGCCAAGAGAACAGUGUCCAUUCGAUGCCUACUGUUGGAAAUAAAAAACCAAAAGAUAGAUCCAAUGCAGCAGGUAGUUAUACGGGUCUGAUACCUCCGUCAGAUCUUACCAGAAAGGACCAACAGGCAUCUAAUAGAGGCAGGAGCUUAAAUGAGGCAAACCUCAUCUCCUUGGAGUCCAAUCAAGGAAACAAAGGUGGGUUUCAGCAAGUAAGUAAAUCAAGCGACUCAGGGGGUGAAAAACAAACACAGAGAUCAAAGGAGAAGCGCAAACUGGAUAGAGGUGAUUCUUUCAAGCAUUUAAAAGUAAAAAGCAAACGGGAAACUGACAAUGAUGGAUAUAAAGCUGUUAAGAAACUAAAAGCUGAAGGCUUAUCUAGUACUUGCGAGGAUUGGAAUUUGGAUAAUGGUGGUACUGGGAAGAUGAAUCCAAACUCAAACAAUGGGUUACCAGAGAGGCUGAGCGAAAAGAAUGUGGAGAUACACGACGAAUAUCCAAAGGAGAAGCAUAUGCAGGUCUCUUUGGAUGGUGGCAUCCUGGAUAUGGGAAAAUCUGGUACAAAGGAUGUUGUUGGUAAGAAAAGAAAAGCUACAGAUUGGCAGGAGAGUCAGUCCUAUCCGCCAGAAACGAUUCUACACCAUACAAAUCACCAUGUCCAGGAUAAUAAAGCAUCUGCAGUUAAAGAGAUGACUAGUGAGAGUGAACGCAGGAAGGAAAAGAAGGCUAAAGUGCACAAGUCUGACAGAAAGGAGUCCAGAACUAGCAAAGGUGGUGAUAGAACAGAUAAAAAGGGGAAAACUUCCCGAAUCGUCAUGACAGGUGGUAGAGAUCUAGUAGGGAAUGCAAGAGAAGAGGAGAGUCGAGGGCCCAUCAAGGACCAACAACUCGGAUAUGAAAGAGAGAAAACAAUCUCUCACCGAACCCAGGAUGGUGUAGAUUCAUUGAAAAGAGAUAUUGGAUACGGACAAUCAUCUGCUGCUUCUACUUCAAGCUCUUCUAAGGUUUCAGGCUCCCAGAAAAGUAAAGCCAACUUCCCGGAGGUCAAGGGAUCCCCUGUAGAGUCGGUUUCUUCUUCUCCUUUGAGAAUUUCUAACACUGAUAAGAGAAGGAAAGAUGAUGCAAGAAAUAAUUGUAGCCCUAAGAGAUGCUCAGAUGGCAUAGGGGAUGAUGAUAGCAAUAGGUCAGGGACAGUAAGAAAGGAUAAAGCUUCAUCUGUUGUGCAUCGUGAAUCGGUGGAGUCAUCUGUUCUUGGUUAUCAGGGAAGGGAUGCCAACCACGUGUCUGUUGGCAAUGCAAGUCCUUCUUAUAAACGCGACCAUCGUCUGGGUGUUGGUGGUGUUGAUUCCUUAGACCAACAUAACCAGUAUUCAGGUGAACCGACUGGUAAGGAGCACCGGUAUGAUGAGGUGAGAGUGAACAGCAAUCACCGCUAUGCUAAUGGGUCUCUUCCAAAGAAGUCUGCAAAAACUUCCUCUUCGAGGUCUGAAGACCAGACAAAAGUUUCAAAAUUUGAUUUGGGUAAAGGUAAAAACAAAGUCCCCAAUUUAUUCAAUGAGCAAGAGGAGUUGCAUUCGUCAAACCACUCAAGGUAUGUGGAUAUAGAAGUGAACAACCGCACACCUCAUCAGGGGGAACCAAGAGACAUAAAUAGUAACCUCCAACACAAAACCGGUGUUCAGCCUUCAAAGGAUGAGCUUAAUUUAUCGGACAAAAAAUCUGCAGGAAAGUGGUCAAGUGAAGUUAGAAGAGAGAGAUUGUCUAAAGUGGUAAGUCAUGAUGGAGAUCUAAAAUCCGAUGUUGCAUCCCUCAAGUUUGGCAGGUCUAAUCCUAACCGACCGCAAAAUCUGAUGCAGGACCAUGAAACUGAAAAAGUCACUAAUCAGAUUUAUCCAGAAAGAGCUGAGCAAAUAGACAUAGUUUCUGGGAAAGGUAAGUCUCAACUGUUACCACAUUCUGGAGAUAAACAGGAAACACUUUCACGGUGUCCCAGACCGGUAGCUGGACCUUCAGGUGGAGGUGAUGCAUCUAAAGUGCCAAAACAACUGAGAAGGCCUGAUAACCAAAAUGGUACCCAUCACAGUAGUUUGAAAAAUUGCACAAUUAAUGGCUCUGUGAAUGAUCGUAAUGCCCCUAGUCCAGCUCGAAAGGACCCCACAACUCAGGCUGCUUCAAAUGCCUUGAGAGAAGCCAAGGACCUCAAGCACUCAGCUGAUCGUGUUAAGAACUUCGGGUCCAUUCUUGAAACUACCGGGCUAUACUUCCAGGCUGCGUUGAAGUUUCUUCAUGGGGCCUCGCUUUAUGAAGCUGCCAGCAAUGACGGUGCUAAACAUGCGGAGAUGGCUCAGUCACUGGAGGUGUAUAGCAGCACUGCUAAACUCUGCGCGUUUGUCGCUUACGAGUAUGAAAGAUGCAAGGAAAUGGCUGCUGCUGCUCUAGCUUACAAGUGCAUGGAGUUGGCGCACAUGAGGGUUAUUUAUUUCAAACAUUCGGGUGCAAACAAAGAUCGAAAUGAGUUGCUAACGGCUCUACAAAUGGCUCCUCCAGGUGAAUCUCCAUCAUCAUCUGCGUCGGAUGUUGAUAACUUAAACCAGGGAGCGCUGGACAAGCUUGCUUCAGGCAAGGGUGUGAACUCUCCCCAUGUUGCUGGAAAUCAUGUCAUCGUAGCUAAAAACCGCGCCAACUUUUUGCGAUUGCUUAGUUUUGCGGAGGAUGUAAACCUUGCAAUGGAGGCCUCGAGAAAGUCACAUAGUGCUUUUGCAGCUGCGAAAGUUAGCAUGGUAGAGGCAAAACAUGAGGAUGGUAUCUCUUCCAUAAAAAGGGUCCUCAAUUUCAACUUCCAUGAUGUACAGGGGUUACUACGUCUUGUACGACUAGCUAUGGAAGCCAUUAGCCAUUGAGGGUUUUCCCAUGGGUUCUAGAAAUUAUCAGAAUCUUAUCUGCUUUGAUGCGUGAGCAUAUCUGAAGGGGGCAAAAAAGGAAUGUCAAGCUCAGAUCUUUCCCUACAGUACAAUACUUCUGAAAGAGGACGUUUAUCCUGAGCAUGGUUCCUACCUGUACAUUUGCACAAAUAUGAUUUCCUUGCAAUUUUUUAGUAGGAUUCUUUGUGAGCCUUUGGCUGGUUUUUGACAUUGAUAAAAGGGGGAGCAUGUUGACCUGCAAGUUUCAAAGAAUGGAAGAAGUAAAGUGUUGGGUUUCCUAUGGGUUAGGGCUAAUAGCACAAGUCUGAAAAGAUGCAGAAACUGCAGUGUUUAUUGCUCCGCUGGUGUUGAAGCUGAAGAAAUCAAGAGAUUAAUAACAUCUGUAAAUGGGUUGAAAAGGUUAAAUACCCAAUAUAGUUAGUUAUAGUUGGUGCCAUUGUUUUGGCCUUUCCGGGAAGGACAUAAGAAAGGAAAGUUUUGUUCUCUUUUUGUAUUUUUUGAUUAUGGGGGAGAGGAAUAGGUGAACCUGAGGAAGAACAAACGAUACUGGAAGAGGUUGCUACAAGUUCAUCGAAUAAAUUUUGCUGUCCUGUUAAAUUUAUGCCUGUGCGUGUGAAAUAUUGGCUUCCCAAUCAUCUUGUUACAGAUCCAGGAGGAAAUGGCAGCAUCAGGUAGGUUGUAUCAUACGCUUUGUCAUCAAAAUUGUAACGUUAAGUCUAUUGUUGUUGAUAACUGGGAGAGGUUAGUUGAGAUAUACACAUACCAAACAAACAUUACAUGGAGGUUGCUUCAUGGAAGAGUAUCUUUACCUAGGAGGACUGCAGUUACUCCUUUACAAAUAAAGGGACUGCAUAAUUUCCUUAUAACUCUUUACCACCAGCUUCGCUAAAAGUAGCAGGCCUUUGGCGGGCAUAAGCAUUCCUGAGUUGUCAUGGGGUUCCAAAAAUUUGGUGGCCCCAUUUUCUUCUUCUUAUAUAUACUUCUACAUGUAAAUGUAGAUAAACCUAUAGGAAACCACAGUUGUUGAUGCAUCUUUUGACAUUUUAUAAGGAAAGAUGAUUAACAAGUUUAAGUCAUUGAAUUUGAAGGUUUCCAGUGACAUUUUCUUUUCUUGAAGCGGAUCUUCAUGAUCUUUUCUUAAUAAGACUUGUCUAAGACGUCCCAUUGAUUGAGAA